AUUGCAACUCCAAAGCACCAUCAAACCCAUAUUACUACGACAUAUACAAUUUAGCCAACUCUUGUGUAUUUCAUCCACGAUGAAUCCCUUCAAAACCUUGCCAACCCUUUCUUUCCUCUUCUUAACCCUUUUCAGCUUAGCCCAUGCAGCCACAUUUGAUAUAAGAAACAACUGCCCUUACACCGUUUGGGCUGCCGCAUCUCCGGGUGGUGGCAAGAGACUUGACCAAGGUCAAGCAUGGCAAAUCACUGCAGCCUCUGGAACCACACAAGCCCGAAUUUGGGCUCGAACCAAAUGCAAUUUCGAUGCCUCCGGGAAAGGCUCAUGCGAGACAGGCGACUGCGGUGGAGUCCUCGAAUGCAAGGGAUACGGUAAAGCUCCCAACACACUAGCCGAAUACGCAAUCGACCAAUUUGAGCACCAAGACUUCAUUGACAUCUCCAACAUCGAUGGCUUUAAUGUUCCUAUGGAGUUUAGCUCCAACUCCCGAGGGUGCACUAGGGUUAUCAAGUGUACGGCCGACAUUGUCGGACAAUGCCCGAACCAGUUGAAGGUUCCCGGAGGUUGUAACGGGCCUUGCCCAGUGUUCAAAACUGAAGAACAUUGCUGUAAUUCUGGGAACUGUCAACCUACCGACUUCUCGAGGUUUUUCAAGGAGAGGUGCCCCGAUGCUUAUAGUUACCCAAAGGAUGACCCAACAAGCUUGUUUACAUGCCCCACAGGGACUAAUUACAAGGUUAUUUUCUGCCCAUGAAAAGUAUUUGGGAUGGUUUUAAGUCCUUUCUAUACACAAAUUAGUAGGUUUAUAUCAAUAAAUGGAAUAAACUCGAAUGCUAUUUGAGCACAUUUCUUGAUGUGCAUAUGUUCUGAUUUGUAAUAAUAGUGUUUGUCAUGAAUGAAAAUUUGGAGUCUCUAUGGGUUUCGUUUUGUGUUCA